UAGGCUCUGCGGGCUCCCGCGGUCUUCUGGUCACAGUGGGUCCCACAACUUCCUCACUUCCCUAAAUGGGCAACUUCACAUUUAGAACACCAGGUCUUCCCUGGCAGACCCAAAUGGCCAGGCCAGGAUAGGCCUGGGCCCCUAACCCUGGGUCCCUGCCCCCCACUGGGCUGCGCCAUCCCCACUGCAUGGAGCCAUGCCUCCCACCUUCCUGCUGCUGUUGCUGCUGCUCCUGCGGCUCCAGGGCCCUGUCUCAGGUGCCCCCAUGGAGAGUGUGUACUUAAAAUUGCAGCACUUCGAAGGGGAGACUCUGUCUGUGCAGUGCUCCUACAAGAGCCGCAAAAACCACGUGGAGGGUAAGGUUUGGUGCAAAAUCAGGAGGAGAAAGUGCGAGACUGGGUUCACCCGUGUCGGGGUGCAGGGGCCACGCUACUUGCUGCAGGACGAUACCCAGGCCAAGGUGGUCAACGUCACCAUGGCGGCCCUCAGGCACCAGGACUCGGGCCGGUACUGGUGCAUGCGCAACAGCUCCGGCAUCCUCUACCCUCUGAUGGGCUUCCUGCUGGAAGUGUCUCCAGCCUCCAGAACCAAGGGAAACACUCCUCUCAUAAAGCUGCCCAACAUCCUCCAGAGUGAAACCGUUGUCGCCACAGGCCCUGUGCCCACCUCAGGCCUUGGGGGCCCUUUCAUCAGCCAGGCGACAGUGUUCACAGCUGGACUCCUCACCUUGGCCAGACCACUGCCUUCUCCCACCUCAGGGAGCACCAGACUGACUUCUGUGAUGGGUUCCAGUUUCUCCAGCACUGGCCUGUCCACCAUGGGGCCCGGGAGGGCCACCGGGUCCCAGACAGCGACUGCAUCUCCUAGCAACACCCGAGCCUCCGCUGCAGGCCCAGGCUCCACCUCCACUAAGGCCGCGCACCUCUGCACCGUGGGAGCCCCCACCAUGGGAAUGUGCCCCACCAGCAGAACUCUCCUCAACCACUUAUUCCCCAGCAGAUACCUGGACUUUUAUCCCAUGGUGCUCGUGGGGGUGCUGGUGCUGCUCUCCAUGCUUGUGAUGUUGAUCGCAGUCUACAGCUUCUGGAAGAAGAGACACAUGGGAAGAUACAGCAUAUGCCAUGGCCCUGCCAGAUCCUGGAAGGACUCGCCUGCAAGACCGGAACCUUUCUGGAGGCCCGCUUGAUCUGAAGCCACUCAACUGUGGGGUGGGGAGGAGCUUCUCCCAGAGGGACCCCAGGAGACCCCCAGGAGACCCCCAGGAGACUCCUCAGAGGAGCGAAGACGGAGACCUGUCUGGGUUGGAGCCGGGCUGGGGGUGAGGACUGUGCAACCUGGACUCAGGCCUUCUUGGAACCGGAGGCUGUGCCGCAUCUACUCAGUUCCCCUGGGCUGCUGGGAACCUGGCGGGGUUGGGAGUCAGAGCAUGUGGCACUAGGCAGGGAGUCUCUGAGGGUUUGGGGCGCCACUGAGAUGGUUCUCCUGAGAGCCACAGACCCCUGGGGCCCCAGCUAGGUGGCAGACAAGCCCCGAGGGAGCUGUUGGCAGACAGAGAACCUCUGCUAUCAUCAGCCUCGGAACCUCUUACUACAGAGCUGAGCGGGGAGGGGUGGACAGCUGGGGUCCCCCUCCCCCGACCUGGGGCCCUGUCCUCAGUUUCCCUCUGCUCCCCUCAAGCGUCCCUAUGCUCUUGGGGAAGAAAGAGUCUCAGAAGCAGCUUAUGUCACAAGGGUCCCACCCUGGAGGAGAAACAGUGACUAAGAGGUGGGGGCCACUAGAGGCCCUGGGGACCCCUGAGCUAUCUAAGCCUCCCACACCCUGGGCCAAGCAUCCUCUACUGGGCCUCCGCAUGCGCCCUGGCCUGAUCACAGCUGCUUGUCCCUCAGGUCCCGGGUGCCAGCGGAGCCCACGCCCCCACUGCUGCCUGCUGGCCGGGCUGUCCAGGGACAGCUGUGACCAGGCAGCUGAGAGCCCUCGCCUGCAGGGCCAGCCUGUCCCUAGACCUGCAUGCAGAGGCUGACCAAGGCUCUUUCCCCCAGUUCCCGCACUCCAGCUCUGGGUCUGUACUCCUGGAGGGGAUGCAGGGGAAGCCUGGGGUCCACUGGAGGGGAAGUCAUAGCUCAGAGAAAGGGGGGCUCAAUUCCCUCCAGGGGACUCAUGGUCCCCUGGGAAAAGAGGACCCAACAGUGACACAGCAAAGACAACUCAGAGCCGCUGGGCUGGGAGGGGGUGGGGAGGGGGGAUGGAGCCAAGGAGCCUGGGUCAGGGGCGCAGCGGCCAGAGGAGUCUCUCCUGCCCCGCUUCAUCCCCUGCACCUGCCCCCUCCAGCUCAUGGCUCAGAUUCAGCCUCUUCAGCAGCAAAGGCUAAAGAAUAGUGGCUGGAUUCCUCCCCUUGGGAGGGGUGUCCACCACCCCUGGGGCCACUGGAAUGAGAGCCUUGGGGUGGAUGUGGCCUCUCUGCUCUCAGCCCUGGGUCAUAGCCCUCCUGGGUAGGACAGCAAACAUCAAAGGCAGGGGAGUGACACAGAGGGGCCUUGGUGGGCAGCCAGCCCAGGAUCGCCACUCCAGAGUGGAAGUGGGGAGAGAGGAAGGGGCAGGGGGCAUUCCCGGGGGGGACAGCAGGGAGGCAGCCCCUCUCCACUGUGUCCAGAAGAAGACACUAGAGGAGAGACUCAGACUGAGGAACUGACAGGCCUGGUGCCAGGACACACACACGCGCACACUGAUAACCAGCCUCCUUAUCGGGAGGGUGUGGCCAACACCCUGUGUAUAACCAAGAGGGGGUUAAUUUUCCACCCGAAAAGCACACACCUAUGGCCCUGCCCCAGUUGAGAGCAGGAUGUCGGGGAGAGUACUGCAGGGGCUCAGGACCGGGACCCAGGGGUGCACCUGUCACGUGGGACCCUGUGCAAGUCACUAACCCUAUCGGGCCUCACGUUUCCUCUCUUGUGAAAGGGGACACUAAUUCCUACCUCUCAAGACUGUAUUCAGAAUAAAACGGAAUAACACACGA